AUGACUUUGUUGCCACCAAUUCUUCUUGGCCUCCUUGCCUCUCUGAUUGGAGGCCUGUACCUUUUGGGGGGGUUUCGACAGCGGCAACCAGGAGAACCGCCUUUAGAUAAGGGGCUCAUCCCCUGGCUGGGUCAUGGUUUAGAGUAUCGCAAGGACAAAAUGAAGUUCCUAGAAAGAAUGAGGCAAAAACAUGGCAAUGUAUUCACAGUACAGUUGGGAGGCUACUUCAUCACAUUCCUUAUGGACCCUUUCAUUUUUGGUGCAUUCGUUAAGGAGAGCCGAGAAAGACUUGACUUCAACAAGUAUGCCAUUCAGCUGGUGCACCAACUCUUUGGUUACAAAGCUUCUGGGAAUGAGCGCCAAAUGAUCACGAAGUCCAGCCACAAUCACCUAAUGGGGCCUGGGCUGGAGAUUUUGACACUCUCGAUGAUGACUAAUCUGCAGAGCUUGUUGUUGAAGAACGUUGUUCCAUCUUCAGUUCAAAAGACCUGGAUAGAAGACAAUCUGUAUAAUUACAGCUACAAUAUUAUUUUUAGGGCUGGCUACUUAUCCCUUUUUGGCAAUGCGUCACACCAGUCUGAAGGAAGUCUAGAGAAAGCCAAAGAAAAAGACAUUAGUGAAUCAGAAGCCUUAUAUUACAAGUUCUGUACAUUUGAUCGCUUUAUCCCCAAUUUUGCUUUUGGAGGCCUUAAGCGGGAGAAGAAAAGGGAGGCAGAGACGGUCAGGGCAUUUUUUUGGAAUGCUCUGUCAAUACAAAAGUUGAAGACAAGAGACAACGUCAGCAAGUGGGUGUGUGACAUGCAUCAGGCCAUAAUGGACAUGGGUAUAAAUGAGUCAAUGGUAGACAGGUUGAUGCUUGUGCUUCUUUGGGUUUCCCAAGCCAACACAGGGCCUACUGCAUUCUGGCUACUCUUCUUCAUCAUGAAGCACCCUGAAGCCAUGGCGGCUGUGAAGGGGGAGGUAGAUCAGGUUCUAAAGGAAUCUGGCCAGAAAGUACUUCAUGGUGGCCCUUUGAUUGACUUGACCUGUGAAAUGCUGAAGAAAAUGCCAAUCUUGGACAGUGCUGUGGAUGAGACCCUUCGUCUCACCGCUACACCCACCCUCAUUCGAGCAGUGAGCCAGGAUAUGACGCUUAACAUGGCUGAUGGUUGUAAAUGUUUAGUCCGCAAGGGCGACAGAUUGGCCCUCUUUCCUUACAUGGUCGUCCAAACUGACCCUGAGAUCCACCCUGACCCACAUUCAUUCAAAUAUGACCGUUUUUUUAAUCCAGAUGGGAGCAAGAAAACUGACUUCUACAAAGCGGGGAAGAAGGUGAAGUAUUACAACAUGCCUUGGGGUGCGGGAGUAUCCAUGUGUCCUGGGAGGUUCUUUGCCAACAAUGAGCUGAAACAGUUUAUUUUCCUGAUGUUGGUCUACUUUGAGAUUGAGCUGAAGAAUCCUCAUGACGAAGUACCUGAUACUGACCUGAAUCGAAAGGGCUUCGGAGUAAAUCAUCCCCUAAAAGACAUGCCGUUUCAGUACAGACCCAGAUUCUGA